AUGGUUUACAUUCGCCAGGACAAGCUUCCCAAGCUGAGGGAGUACAAGUACUCCGGUGUUGACCACAGUCUGGUUUCGCGCUAUGUGUUGAAGCCCUUCUAUUCCAAUGUGGUCAUCCAUUGCUUUCCCAUGUGGAUGGCGCCAAAUCUUAUAACCCUCACUGGUUUUAGCUUUGUCGUGGUGAACUUCCUGACGUUGUUAUGGUACAAUCCCACGCUUGACCAGGACUGUCCUCCGUGGGUGUACUUGAGCUGGGCAGUUGGACUGUUUCUAUACCAAACUUUUGAUGCUAUCGAUGGCUCGCAGGCCAGGAGAACGCAUCAGAGUGGUCCACUGGGUGAACUGUUCGACCAUGCAGGCGUCGACGCCAUCAACACUACUUUGGAGGUAUUGAUCUUCUCUGCCUGCAUGAACCUCGGACAGGGCUGGAAGACUGUCCUGACGCUUUUUGCAUCAUCCAUGACCUUCUAUGUCCAGACUUGGGAGGAAUAUCACACCCACACCCUCACUUUGGGUCUAAUCUCAGGGCCCGUUGAAGGCAUUCUUACCCUAUGCAUCGUCUACGCUGUGACGGCAUUCCUCGGCGGUGGUAGCUUUUGGCAGCAUUCUCUACUUGAAAGCAUUGGCAUUAGGAACAACGACAUGAUUCCGGAUUCCUUGUACAAACUUGCAUGGAACGAAUGGUAUAUGGUAUACGGCGGUGUUGUACUGGUGUACAACACCAUUUCCAGCGCGAAGAAUGUCAUGGAUGCUCGUCGCGCGCGAGGCCAACGCGCGCGUAUCGCCCUCCUUGGUCUUCUUACGUUCGCCGCUGCUUGGAUUCUCAUUGGCGCCUACCUCUACCUCCAACCGAUCAUUCUGCACUACCAUCUCGUCCCAUUCGUCUUUUUCGCCGGUCUCAUCAAUGCUUUCUCCGUCGGCCGGAUGAUCAUCUCCCACCUCACCAAGUCACGAUUCCCACGCGGAAACGUCCUCAUGUACCCCCUGAUCUACGGUGUCAUCGACUCGCUCGGCCCCCGGCUACAAGAACACAUUGGUGUGGGAUGGCCAAGCGCACUCGGAAACGACGUGUAUCAGGUUGCGUUUGUGUUCAUGUGUUUGGGUCUAGCGAUUGGCGUGCACGGCAGUUUUGUUGUGGAUGUCAUCUGGACGAUAUGUGAUUAUCUGGAUAUCUGGUGCCUGACGAUCAAGUACCCUUAUGCCCCUGUCAAGGGGGAACUGGAGGCGAAGGAGCGGAUUGAGAAGGAGAAGAAGGGGCAGUGA